AAUUCAGAGCAGUCUCACACUCUCUCUCGUUUGUUUCAGAGGAUAUUCUCUCUCACUCUCACUGUUUCUCAUCUAAAUUUGGUUCUAAACAAGGGAGAUUCUUGUUUUGUUCAACUUAAACUGAUAUAGAACAAGUGGGGCUGUGGGGGAGGAAGAAUUUUGAAGGAUUGGUGUUUCUUAAAAUAGCUAACAAUCGCAGGCAUAUCAAGGCAUGCAGCGUGCUCUUGGGAGGAGCACGCAAAGCAGGAGGAACGGGGUCUUACAAGGUGGAAAUAGUUCUUUCUUGGGGAGGGCACCAGAGCCGGAGAUCAUCUUGAGCUCCUUGAAGGAUAAAGCUGAAGCAGCUUUCCUUGUGAUGCUUGAUCCUCAAAGCAGGUUUAUUAUUUGUCCCGGAUUUUUAGCUGAGAGGGGCGAAAAUGGUCGCAUACUGCUUCCGUUUCUUCUAUGGCAGGAUCAUGCUGAUCUAAUUUCUUCUCAAUCUGCUUCAUCAUCUUCGCCAAGUGCCCCUACUCUUUCAAAAAGACAAAGGAAGAAAAUGGCCAAGGCUAUCCAUCAACAAAAUUCCUUCCUUCCGAGGGAUUUAUCGGAAUGGCUCCCUCAGGGGCCUGUCGCAUCAAAUGAUCAAGACAAAAAUUCCAGAAAGAAAUUGAAGAAGAAGAGUAAGAAAACGAAAAAGACCUCAGCAGGUACCAAGUCGGAAACUUCAUCUUCCAAAGAGGUCAGUGGAAGUUCUGCCUCUGCAACCUGUGGCGAUACAGACUUGGCCAAUGAGGGACCUUAUACAGAGUGCGAGUUGCCUGAGAUUACUCAAGCGGAAUACGAUACCGAGGGAAACAGUAUCUCCAGAGCUAAACAGCCUGAAACUCCAAAUACUGUCGUAUCUCAUAGUGAUGGGGUUGUUGCAGCAUCAUCUCCAGUACCUUCUUCUGUAUCAGAGGACUUUCAUUCUGUUGAUUCUAGAAUAAGCGCUACAAAUGAGAUGGAAAAUAGAUACUCUAUCCUCUCCUCCUUUGACGAGGAAACUGCAUACACCCAUGAGAGCACUGAUAGUUCUUCUGAAGUCUUCUUUGAUGCACGCAGUGCUCCUUUUACAGAACCUUUUUACGAUGAGUGGAACAGUUAUGAAAGUACCAAUGUUGGUGAUGAUAUUGAAGUCCAAUCAUCUGUUAGGGAAGAUUCUAUUAUAAAUCCAUCGGAGACAUCUGAAUACAGUAAGUAUGGCUAUUUGGAUCGUCCUGGAAGUAGAGGCCUUUCAUCUGGUACUUCAUCACAUGAGGGUGUUGAUGGAAAAGAUAGACACUUGUCUGGGAAUUCAAGUGUUCAAAAUUUGGGUGAAGCAAUGAAGAGUUCCUCCUUUGGUCCAAUAAGAAAGAAAAGUCAUUACAUAUGGCGGGAGGAUCAAGAAGAUGAUGUUUGUGAAGGUAUUUCUAAUUCAAGUGAUUCUUCUUUGUUGCAGUUGCAUGAGUUUCCUACAGUCGCAGAAUGUGGUAAUAAAGGCAAUAAGCGCUCUGGCUGGCGCAGAAGCUCUGACUUGCCUUCAGUUCUACCAAUAAAAAGUGAACAGAAAGACAAAAACUUGUCUGAGUUUUCUAUCAGUGCUCGAAUACUCAGUCUAGAAGGGAAUGUUUCUAGUGGACCAAUUGGAAAGGAAAACCAUUUGGUAAGGCAGAAGAAGGUUCGAAAGGAUGAUGUUGUUGAAGGUGUUUCUGAGUCAAGUGCUUCUUCUGGAUUGCAGUUUGAUUCUUCACUAAAAGAAGCUCCACUUUCGAACAGGGUUUCAAAUGUUCUGGGUUCAGAGGAGGUAGUUAAGUCAAAAGAUGACAGUAAACCAAAAGCAACAGACAUGCCUUAUAAGGAAGCGUUGCAACACCCCGUACAGGUGAAGCAGAAAGUUCAACGUCCUUUAAGAAGAGCACGGCUUGAAGAUUUCACAGGACGGAGUCAGACUAGAACGAUAGAUCCCAAUGCUUUUUUGGUCAGACAAGAACGAUUGCAGAGGACUGGGAACAUGGAACCAUUGACGAUUUCAGAGCUGGCGAAAUGGAAGGACGAAAGGAAGGACCUUGAAAAUGUGACAGAGACAGCAUCUCAUGCCAUUGACGGCAAGGCCUCUAAACCUGUUGGGAACUUUGAAAGCUCUAAAGAUGAAAGGAGUGAGCUGGAUGUGUGUGCUACAGUUUCCCCACAGGUCGACUACAAUGACUGUGAACGUUUUGUGGACUCAGAAAUUGAUAAAGACGAAAGGCAAAAUGUGACAAAGACAGCAUCUCAUGCCAUCGACUCCAAACCUGUUGCAAACUUAGAAAGCUCUAAAGAUGAAACGAAUGGGCUGGAUGUGUGUGCUACAGUUUCCCCACAGGGUGACUAUAAUGCCUGUGAUCGUGUUGUGGACUCAGAAAUUGAUAAGGACGAAAGGAAGGUGCUUCAAUAUGUGACAAAGACAGCAUCUCAUGCCAUUGACCGCAAGGACUCCAAACCUGUUUCAAACUUAGAAAGCUCUAAAGAUGAAAGGAGUGGGCUGGAUGUGUGUACUACAGUUUCCCCACAGGGUGACUAUAUUGCCUGUGAUCGUGUUGUGGACUCAAAUACCUCUGAAGAAGUGCUUCAAGCUGUGUGCACUACAGUUUCUGAUACGAAUGGUAAAACUUCAUCAUCUUCAACACCUGAAAUUGCAGACCAGACCUAUUCGCUGUUGGGGCUUUCCGAGAGAUGCAGUCCUAUUCCUGUCUCAGAUGCCACCAUCAACAUACAGCAGAUAGAAGAUUCUUGUCCAGAAUCUGGAAAUCAAGGCCAUAUUUCUGGAUCUGGAUCCAUCUCGAAGAAGUGGUUACCUGUUCCGCGACAAGAUGCUUCUGGGGAAACAGGUAAAAGAACAUAUGAGAAUUCAUUGGCAUCGGUUGAUAAAUCAGUAUCUGGGGGAUUGACUCUGCAGAAACAUGGUGGAAAAAAAUUGAAUCCCGAUGCUCAUGUUUUUGUUCCAUUACAAAGUAAUAAUGUGAGAAAUGUUGGAAAGAGUUUUGCAAUCCCAACUGGCAGAGAUAGAAUCCCAAUCCUAAAAAAUCCACCUCUCACAGAUCGAGUCCAGAAUCUCCAGAUAGAGAAGUUGAGAACACUUGCAACAGAUGAGUCAGACAAGAUAGUACAAGCCGUAGGGGAUGCUUAUAGAACGGAAAUGAGAUCAAUAGGUGUUGAUCUGGCAACUAGCAAGCCACUAGCUGAGUUUGAAACGUUUCUUCACUCCGCUUCACCAGUUCUUGGUCCAACUCGCACUCCUCAUGAUUGCACAUCUUGCUCUAGAGAUCAUUUCAUUGGCACUUCCCUUUGCAAGCAUGAAAUACCAGAUGCAUCUCUUGGAAGAAUUUGGCAGUGGUACGAGGAACAUUCGAGCUUUGGAUUGAAAAUAAAAAAGGAGGAUUGUCCCAAGUUCAGUGCCUAUUAUGUUCCCUCCUUAUCGGCAGUUCAGCUAUUUGGAAAUUGUAGAAGUACUUCCGAUUGCAGCAGAGGAUCUUCUAGAGCUAAGGCACUGAAAGCAGUAGGAGAGUCCAAAUAUGAUGCAGAUCUUGUAAAAUCCUCAGGCCUCUUGCCUCAGCCAAGUGGAAAUGCAUCGGCAGCAGAUUUUAGUUCACCAUGCAGUUCAUCUUCUAUGUAUGGAGAGGAUGAGUUCAUUGAUCGUUCACUUGGUAUGACACCACUUGAGUCAGAGCUCCUGUUUGAGUACUAUGAACCCGAGCAGCCAUUUCAUAGGCGACCACUAUUUGACAAGAUAAAAGAACUGGUUAGAGGUGGUGGAAUUCAGAAAUGCCAAACAUAUGGAGAUCCAAAGAAGCUAGAAUCUAGCAAUCUGAAAAAUCUGCACCCUUCCUCUUGGUACUCCGUUGCCUGGUAUCCCAUUUAUAGAAUACCCCAAGAUGACUUGAAAGGAGCGUUUCUAACGUUUCAUUCACUAGGGCAUUUUGUCAGAAGGUGUACUCCAUCAGACGAUCGUGGUGGUAGUACAACUAGUAUAGUAUCACCAGUUGUGGGUCUUCAAAGCUAUAACACACAGAAGGAAUCCUGGUUCAAACUCAAGACACCUUUGAUGACUCAGACACAAGAAGAAAUCUCUAACCAUGCUGAAAUUCUGGAAGAACGUUUGAGAAGUCUACAAAAAACAGCAUAUGCUAUGGCAAGAGCUGUUGUUAACAAAGUAGAUGGGAAUAUAAUUACAGAACAUGGAGAUCUCAAAUUCUUUGCUACUCGAGGAGGGUUUAAAUAGAGAUUCCAGCAGCAUUCUUCAGGUUCACUCACUCAAAAAUUGCCUGAUUUUUUUUGCGUCGAUUACCAAUAACAAAAUAUAGUUCAAAUUUUAUAAACAAAAUACUCCAAAGCAUCUUAACCAACAGAGAGAGCAGAAGUAAUAAUUAGGAAAGGAAAAAAGAAAUGUCUUUUGUUGUCAGUUUGUACAACAUCUUUUUCCUUCUUUUGUAUAGGACUUGGUUGAAAAAUUGUAUCAUAAGUUAAAUUUUCUUUUGAGGGCUUGAAAAUGAAUGCUGCUGUUGGUGCUCUAUCUAGCCCUGGCUAAUUAUUUUUCUUUUGAUUAAUAGAAAAAGAAAAAGAAAACUAUUUGUUCUCAGAAUUCUUAACUUAUUAUUUUACUAUGGGUUACUUUAUAUAUUUAUGGAAUGAUUUGCACAA